GAUCCAAUUCAAAUGAACCGAAAUAUUCAGCUUAUUUUCAAAAAAUGUGAACAAUCAAUCCGUUUCCGAAUGUUAUCAUCAUCAUCGUCAUCAUUUGUAUAUUCACCAUCUUCAUCAAUUCCUCCACAUAUUCCAAUUAUGAAAUCAGAAAUUAUAAAAUAUACCCAACCAAAACCAGGUCAAGUUUAUUUAGAUAUGACUUUUGGUACAGGAGGUCAUGCGAAUGAAAUAUUGAAAUAUGCCGGUGAUAAUUUGACUUGUUACUUUCUAGAUCGCGAUCCAACAAGUUUAUCAUUUAUGGAAUCUCUUCGUAAAAAUUAUAGCUCAUCCAAUCAUAAAAUAUAUCCACUUAUUGGACGAUUUAGUGAUCUUCCUCAAUUAUUAAAUGGCUAUGAUUUGAAAUAUCAAUCAGUUGAUUUAAUUCUUAUGGAUUUAGGUGUAAGUUCACCACAAUUGGACAUUGAAUCUCGUGGAUUUGGUUUCAAACAUAAUGCUCCAUUAGAUAUGCGUAUGAAUCAAAGUCCGAAUGUACAAAAAGAUACACCAACUGCAGCUGAUGUCAUUAAUACAUUGAAUGCUGACGAAUUAUCAAAUAUAUUCAGUAUUUAUGGUGAAGAACGUUUAUCUAAACGUAUUGCAAAUGCUAUUAUUGAUUAUAGAAAUGAUGUUGGUUCAAUUCAAACAACAAAACAAUUAGCUGAUUUAAUUCAUUCUGUUGUGCCAAUGAAUAGAGAAGGUAGAAGCUCAAUUCAUCCAGCUACACGUGUAUUUCAAGCAUUACGUAUUUUCAUUAAUGAUGAACUAAAUGAAUUAUGUAUCGGUUUAGAAUUAGCUGAAUUCUUGUUAAAACCUGGUGGUUAUCUAGUUGUUCUAUCAUUUCAUUCAUUAGAAGAUCGUUUAGUGAAAUGGUCAUUCCAUUCUGAUCAUAAACAUUUAACCUUAUCUAAAUAUUUAUCACAACGAAGUCGACAUUUUCAAUGUCUUAAUAAAAGACAAGAAUAUGAAGAUGAUGAAAUAUCAAAAGAAUCUCUGGGACAGAUCAAAUCAAAAUGGAAUUGUGUUAUUGGACCUAUAACUCCUUCCGAUUCAGAGAUAGAUUCUAAUCCAAGAAGUCGUUCAGCCAAAUUGCGUAUAGCAAAAAGAGCAUAAUUGGAAAGAGAUUAAGAAAACAACGACAAUAAGUGAUUAGAUUACUAAUCAAGUUGUAUGAUGUACAGAGUAUUAGAUGUGUGGAUAAAUACAAUGCAAUUGAGUUUCGCUAAACAGUUCCAAUUCUGAAGUUACAUUUUGUACAUAUCAGUUUGUUUUCUUCACACAAAAAAAAUCGUAUUUGUACACUUAUGUAAUUAUUGCACCAAUUAAAUUGAUAUGAUCGAUUUUACUUUCCAUAAGUAUGGGGGGGGGGCUUUUUUCAUUUGUUUUAAGGUCUGUUUUAAUGACACCGUUUCUUAGAACAAACCUAUAUAUGUGUCAGUAAGAGUCCACAACUUCCUGUUAUUAAUAUUCAGGACUAUAAUUUAUAUCAGUUUCCGUCCCUAUAAUAUAUGCAUCCUGAAUUGACUUACUUACUCUUGUUACCCCUCGUUGAGGAGCAUAAACUGUUCACCAGCAUUCUCCAUCUAACUCCGUCCUGAACAAUCCUUUCCAGUUGUUAUUUACUGUUUCUAAUUGUCAACGUAGUGUGUUCUUCCGCCUUCCUUUUUUCCGUUUCCCUUCGGGAUUCCAGGCUAGCGCUUGUCUCUUGAUGCAGUUUAGUGGUUUCCGUAACAUAUGUUCUAUCCACCGUCAUAGUCUUUUCCCAAUUUCCUCUUGAGCUGGAAGCUGAUUUAUUCUCUCUCACAGUAAGCUGUUGCUGGUGGUAUCCGAUCAACAAACAUUAAGUAUCUUACGUGGAUAAUUGCUUAUAACUACUCGUAUUUUUUAUUAUGGUUGUGAUAAUUCUACGGAUUUCAGCUCCAUACAAUAGAACUGUGUUGACGUUCACAUUGGAGAUUCUAACUUACAUAUUGGUUGACAGUUGUUUUGAGUUCUUCAAUUGUAGAAAUGCUGUCCUUACCUUGCCUUUAUGUUUGCAUCAGAUCCUCCUUAUUCAUUGAUGAUGCUGUCUAGGUAUGUGAAAGUUCCCACCUUUCCUAGAGUUUCUUCACCCUGAAUUCAUUGCACUGCCACAAAUAUCUCUAUGGAUAUCAGCACCAGAAUAAAAUCACAUCCAACUGACUGGUCUCAUGUAGGAUGUAACGUGUUACCUGGUCUCAUAUACAUAAGUAUUAGUAUUUGCGUCUCAGAUUGAUCUCUGUUAUUCAAUAAAUAUAAAGCAAAUUCAGUGAAGGAAGUUUUCUCUUUUUGACAAAAUCAUUUACUUAACCUGUACAUUGAUACUUAUAGUUGUAUGGUAAGUGUGUAAGUUUAUAGAAGGAUAGAAAAAGAUUGCAUCACAAAGUGAUUCGAGACUAAUUAUCAAAGGAGGUUACGUAAUAAUCAAGGGGUUAGAUAAGAAUAGAACGAAAAUAAUCUACAGGUCAGAAUACUAGUUUGGAAAAAGCAAGACCAAGAGAGGCUGAAUCUACCGUUUUGCACACAGAGUUCAAACCUGAAUUGGUGGAUCGCCAACGCUUCAGCAAUGCCUAAGUUUUUGAUUCGACCUUCCUUUGGUUUUGUAGAUUAUUUUAAAGGAAUGCUCCGUAGUGACGUGUCCAGAGUUGAUUGGAUGCUCCUGUAUUGAAUUGGUAACUGUUUUGUAUUCUCCUUUUAAAAACGAUGCCGGGUAAUGUUCUAAGAUGCGUUCAGUAAGUGAUCGCUUUGUGAGGCCAAUGUAAUGUGCCCCAAAGGACCAAGCAAAUUUAUAGUUACAUAUCGUUUAUUGUGAUUAUUACUCAACCUCACUUGGUAAUCAAAGUCUCGAAUCACUUUGUGAUGCAAUCUUUUCUAUCCUUCUAUACACUAAUAUAUUUACCAUACAACUGUAGAUACGAAUUUACAGAUUAAGUAAAUAAUUUCGUCGAAAAGAUAAAAUUUUCUUCGCUGAAUUCCCUUUAUUUUUAUUCAGUGACACAAUGGGUUAAUUUUUGAUGACCUCUGUUGUUUGGUUCGAAGUUUUUUGUUUAAAAUGAUGUUGAGGAGAGUCAUCUAUCCAAAUGCCCUGGUACGGCCGACGGUACAGAGAGUCAGUUCUCUCUCUCCAAAUGCUCUCAAAUGGCCACACGUACACAGCUACUACCAGGGAGGUCCAACCCACUGCCAUCUCUCGGCGGAAGCGUUGUGCACGAAAUCGGGAAGACGAAAAGCGAAUCUCCGACGCUUUAAAUGGGUUGAUGAACAUAUGAAGGAUCCACCUAGGGGAG